AUGGAGGACGAGGAAAACCAAGUGCAACUCCCAAAUGAAAAGCAGGUGCCGAACUCGGAAAGUGGUUAUGUGUGGCAUGUCACCGAUAUGAAUCGACUGCAACGUUUCUUGUGUUUUGGUUCAGAAGGUGGUACUUACUACAUCAAGGAGCAGAAGCUGGGCUUUGAAAAUGCAGAAGCUUUAAUAAGACUGAUCGAAGAGGGUAGAGGUUGUGAAGUUGUUCAAGAAAUAAAGACGUUUAGUCAAGAAGGCAGAGCAGCAAAACAAGAGCCCCUGCUUUUUGCUCUUGCAAUUUGCUCACAGUGUUCUGAUGCAAAAACUAAACAAGCGGCAUUCAAAGCAGUUCCUGAGGUGUGUUGUGUACCAACACAUCUCUUUACUUUCAUCCAAUUUAAAAAAGAUCUGAAGGAGGGCAUGAAAUGCGGCAUGUGGGGCCGUGCACUGAGGAAAGCUGUUGCAGAUUGGUACAAUGAAAAGAAUGGAAUGGCUGUUGCUUUAGCAGUUACAAAAUAUAAACAAAGAAGUGGUUGGUCUCAUAAAGAUCUUCUGAGGUUGUCCCACCUAAAACCUGCCAGUGAAGGAAUUGCUAUAGUCACUAAAUAUAUUACCAAAGGGUGGAAAGAUGUCCAAGAGGCUUAUAAAGACAAAGCAGUUUCUGCUGAGACUGAAAAACUCUUAAAGUAUCUGGAGGCGGUGGAGAAAGUAAAACGUACAAAAGAUGAAUUGGAAGUUAUUCAUUUAAUAGAAGAAUAUGGUCUAGUUAGAGAGCAUCUCCUGACAAACCAUCUGAAAUCUAAGGAGGUUUGGAAGGCAUUGCUGAAGGAAAUGUCUAUUUCUGUAUUGUUGAGGAAUUUGGGGAAGCUGACAGCAAAUUCAGUGCUUGAACCACGAGGUUCAGAAGUGGCAACAGUGUGUGAAAGACUAAGAAAUGAGAAACUGCUAAAAAAGGCUAGAAUACAUCCAUUCCAUAUUUUGGUUGCAUUAGAAACCUAUAAAGCUGGACAUGGAAGCAGGGGAAAGCUUUGGUGGCGUCCUGAUGAAGACAUUUUAGAAGCUUUAGAUGCCUCGUUUUACAAAACUUUCAAGACAGUUGAACCAACAGGAAAACGCUUCUUACUUGCAGUUGAUGUCAGUGCAUCAAUGACACAAAAAGUUUCGGGCAGCGUGCUCAACGCCAGCACAGUUGCAGCAGCAAUGUGUAUGGUUGUAGCACGUACUGAGAAGGAUUCCCAUGUUGUUGCCUUUUCACAUGAAAUGGUCCCUUGCCCAGUGACAGCUGAUAUGACGUUACCUCAAGUAUUAGUGAAAAUGUAUGAAAUUCCAAUGGGUACCACUGAUUGUUCCCUUCCAAUGAUAUGGGCUCAAAAAACUCAGACAGCUGCUGAUGUCUUCAUUGUAUUUACCGACAAUGAGACCUUUGCUGGAAAUACUCAUCCUGCAACAGCUCUUAGAGAGUACAGAGAGAAAAUGGGUAUUCCCGCAAAACUGAUUGUUUGUGGAAUGACCUCAAAUGGUUUUACGAUCGCAGAUCCAGAUGACAGAGGCAUGUUGGAUAUAUGUGGCUUCGAUACAGGAGCUUUGGAUGUUAUUCGAAACUUCACUUUGGAUUUGAUUUAAUUUUCUAGGCAUCUGCUCUUCCCAGUGGGUCCAUUGCUGGCAACAGACUUCACCCUGGGAAUUCCCAGCCAAAUAUACUUCAUUAGAAUAUGGCACAUUAUAUACAUAUCAGAAUGUUACCUUUUUGUGAGGGGAAAACAAGAAAAGCAGAUGGGAAAUCUCUUUUCUCUUUUUUCCUGUUGCACAUAAUUUAAAAUAACAAUGGGAAGUUUGCUAAAAGUAGCUACAGGGUUACACAGGACAUAAUUUAAUUUCAUUUAUAACAGAUCAUAAAUACUG